UACUGCCUUCUGCACAGAUCACCUCAGUUGGCAUGCCGAGCCUUUGUCCUUAUCUUUUCCUACUAUAACGUUCCGUUAGACCCGGAUAAUCACAUGGCGAAAUAUUCAGGGUGCCUUCCUCGAGCCACGACAAUAUUAGAUCUCCGUCACGCACCGCUAGGACAGCAUCAUAAUUGACAACCGCAUCAAUGACUGUGUAUUUGUUCCCAUCCCGUCUUAUCAUUCCUGGUCUUUACCGAAAGUUUGAAAUAAACCUAAGAGGCUCACUCUCCAUUUAAGAUCUUGCAAUUCGCCCUUCAACACUGUAUUCAGUCGACUGCAUCCAUGCCUGCUCCGACACAUUCUGGCAUCAACAAUGCUUGGUAUGCCAGUCUACGCUACCCAGUGAUCAAUCCCACCAACCGCAAAUGCUCCACGGUUCCUAUUUUCUCGCUAAACAAUCAGUACUCUAGAAAUUUCCACCUGUCGUGGCUUGGAUUCUUUGUCGCUUUCUUGUCGUGGUUUGCGUUCUCCCCUCUCAUUCCAGAUGUCAUCAAGACUGAUUUGAAGUUGACAUCUGAGCAAGUCGGGAAUUCGAAUAUCGUUUCGCUGUGCGCCACUCUCAUUGUACGCCUUAUAUCAGGCCCGCUCAUCGAUCGAUAUGGGCCUCGCAAAGUGAUGGCGGGUCUCCUCAUUAUUGGGGCGAUUCCUUCUGGUCUUGCUGGAACCGUAUCAACUGCAAGUGGUCUUUACAUUGUCCGUUUCUUUAUUGGAAUUCUUGGUGGCACAUUCGUCUCUUGUCAAGCUUGGAACACUGUUUUCUUUGACAAGAACGUCGUUGGUAGAGCGAAUGCCUUAGGCGGAGGCUGGGGAAAUUCGGGCGGCGGCUUCACAUUCAUCAUCAUGAUCGCUCUCUUCAAUCAAUUACUUGCUGAUGGUAUGAGCCCGCACGUGGCCUGGCGAGUGGCAUUUGCAAUUGUUCCUGUCCCCAUUCUCCUUUCCGUUGCUGCUGCCGUUCUCAUUUUUGGCACCGACCACCCCGCGGGCAAAUGGAGUGAUCGCUAUACUGCUGUUUCCACUGCGCUUCCUGCAUCUGAUAAUGAAACGAGCAUUAUCAAUAGCAAAAAUACAAAAACAAAGUCAAGUGAUGAUAUCGAGGGUGGAGAAGAAGACGAUAUCAAGGUCACUGUCACGGCUAUAAACUUGGUUUCAGAAUUGGAUGCUGCUGUCAACAAACCACUUUCCCUGAAAAUGGCAUACGAAAUCAUUUUAGACCCGCUGACCUGGCUGCCCUCGUUAGCUUAUAUGACGACUUUCGGCUACGAGCUAGCUAUUGAUGCCAACCUGGCUAACGUUCUGUAUACCCUGCUCAAAUCCCCCACUUUUGGGCAGACUAAAGCUGGCUAUAUUGCAGGCAUCUACGGUCUCCUUAACGUGUUCUCUCGGCCGCUUGGUGGAUAUUUCGGAGACCUCAUAUAUGUCAAAUUUGGUGUGCCUGGCAAGAAGUACCUGACCAUCGCUUGUGGAGUCGCUCAAGGGCUUCUAUCGCUUGGUCUUGGUCUUUACAUUGAUAACCACUCUCAUCCAUCCCUCACGGUCAUCAUUGCGAUCUUUGUCAUUCUCGCAAUCUUCAACGAGGUCGCCAAUGGAGUCAAUUUUUCCCUUGUUCCACAUUGCAACCCCAACUCUAAUGGAUUUAUGAGCGGAAUUGUAGGCGCCAUGGGAAAUCUUGGAGGGAUACUCUUCGCAAUUAUCUUUCGCUUUGAGCCAUCUCCUCCUGCCAAGGCAUUUUGGAUAUGUGGCAUUAUCACGGUUGGCGUAAAUCUUAUUCUCUGUAUUAUCCGUGUACCUCGUGUCUGAACAAGUGAUCUUGGGUGCCUAAGUAGUUUUUUUUUUCUUUUCUUCUGACAGAACCUUUCUUUAAGGAAUAUGUUUUUGUCUGUUCGUAUCGUCCAACCAAAUGAGACUUUCAUAAAUUGCA